UCCCUGGCCCCACAAUGCACUGCGGGCCGCGUCACUCGGAGCGGUGGGCCUCGGCUCGACAGGUCUUCUCUGCUGGUUGAAAUGUCUAUGAUUUUAUCCGCAUCAGUCAUUCGUGUCAGAGAUGGGCUGCCACUUUCUGCUUCUACUGAUUAUGAACAAGGCACAGGCGUGCAGGAGUGCAGGAAGUAUUUUAAAAUGCUCUCAAAGAAACUGGCUCAGCUUCCUGAUAGAUGUACACUGAAAACUGGACAUUAUAACAUUAAUUUUAUUAGCUCUCUGGGAGUGAGCUACAUGAUGUUGUGCACUGAAAAUUACCCAAAUGUUCUGGCCUUCUCUUUCCUGGAUGAGCUUCAGAAGGAGUUCAUUACUACUUAUAACAUGAUGAAGACCAAUACUGCUGUCAGACCAUACUGUUUCAUUGAAUUUGAUAACUUCAUUCAGAGGACCAAGCAGCGAUAUAAUAAUCCCAGGUCUCUUUCAACAAAGAUAAAUCUGUCUGACAUGCAGAUGGAAAUCAAGCUGAGGCCCCCUUAUCAAAUUUCCAUGUGUGAACUGGGGUCGGCCAAUGGAGUCACAUCUGCAUUUUCUGUUGACUAUAAAGGUGCUGGUAAGAUUUCUUCUGCUCACCAGCGACUGGAACCCGCAACUUUGUCAGCGAUUGUGGCAUUUAUCCUCAGUCUUUUAUGUGGAGCUCUGAAUUUAAUUCGAGGUUUUCAUGCCAUAGAAAGUCUUUUGCAGAGUGAUGGUGAAGAUUUUAAUUACAUUGUUGCAUUUUUCCUUGGAACAGCAGCCUGCCUUUACCAGUGUUAUUUACUUGUCUACUACACCGGCUGGAGGAAUGUCAAAUCUUUUUUGACUUUUGGUUUAAUCUGUCUGUGCAACAUGUAUCUCUAUGAACUGCGCAACCUCUGGCAGCUUUUCUUUCACGUGACUGUGGGAGCUUUUGUUACACUACAGAUCUGGCUAAGACAAGCCCAGGGCAAGGCUCCUGAUUAUGAUGUCUGACACCAUCCUUCAGACGUACUGCCUUGGCUUCUGGGGGAAAAGGAGGGAGCAUAUUUAACUGCCACUGUGAUGAAGAAACUGUUCACCACAAUCGAGAAGCUCUGCUUUUCUUUUUCUCCAACUAUCCUUUUUGUUUCAAGUCAGCAUGGCAUGCCUGGGAGCAUGCAAUACCUGCUAGGCAAACUCUUCAUAUUAGCCUUGAAAUUAUUAUUCAGAGGAGGAGGAGAUUCUCUCUACAGGGCCAUGACAGGGGAAGAACAGUCAGAUGCCCUUGGAAGACUUGGCCAGCAGUCCUGAAUCCUUCUGAAGAGUUCAAUCAAAAACUGUAUGUGGUACGUGCUCCGAGGACCGAGUGGGAACUCUACAACCUGGGUUUGCCUUUGUGAGGCAUGAGUAUAGACCAAAUAAAAAGAUGCCAUGAAGUUUAUAUUUAAAACAACGUGCUAAAUAUCAGAUUAUUUGUACAUUUAUGGUACCAUGAGUUUAUGAAGUCUAGGAUGGUGUGGAAUUGGUUCUUUUCAUGCUAUAUUUUUGCUUGAAUCUUAACUCUGGAAAUCACAUGAUGUGUGAGAAAGCUGUUAGAAGCUCAUCUCUAGAACAUCACAAGUAUUGAAGACACAGUAACGUAUGUUUCCUUUCUAGACCAUGUUUGUACUUUCCUCUGAAAUCACUGUUUAAAAAUGUGGCUUGUUAAAUUAUAGCCAUUGUUUCCCAAACUUCAAUCACUUAAGUAUUACAUAUAGUAUUAUUUCAUAAUAUUUAUCUUUAAACUUUAAAAUAUUGUGAAAACAAACUAAUCCUCUACUCCAAGAGGAAAACCGGCAUCAAUUUACCAUGAAUAAAAGGUAACUACAAAAUAAAAUUAAAACAAGAAAUGGUAUUAAAUUCUAACUAGAUACUAAUGUCUGCUAAGGCUCUGAAUCCAGGAAGCCUGCUCUGUGUUGCAGUGAGAGAGAUGUUACCCAGCACCAAAAUGGGGCUCGCUCUGUGGGAUUAUCAGAAGGAUGAAAGAAAACUGUGAAGGGAAUGACAUUCUCACUGUGAUUUUGCAUUGUUUAGUUCUAUGUUGUAUACCACCCACCUAAAGUCCUCCUGUGUGCUACACUGCUCAGUGGGGACACUGAACUUGUACUAAGAGAAUCAGAGGGUAGCUUCUCCCAGAAACUCUUAUCAUUUUAUGGCUUUGAGGAGUUCACCUAAUAUCUUAGAGAACUUGUUUGCUUUUUGAUAAUAUUAUAAAAAUUGUUCAAGCAGUUAUGAAUUAAUAAUAUAGGAAGCACAGUUUGAUUCCAUUAGCAAAAUCUACAACUCUCUUGGUUUUGGAAGUUAACUUCAUUAAUAAUUUUCUUUUGUUUUUAGAGAAAAGAUUCCAAAUAAGGAAUACAUAAUGCAUUAAAAUUUAAUAGCCAGAAAACAGUGGACCCAUUACAUAUAAUUCAUGUUACUGGGCAUAUUUAUUAAGCAGAAGAAGUAGUCCGGAAGGGUAAAGUCCUUGAACUACCAUGUUUGCUUGAACCUGUAUAUGUAGGUAUGCCUGCAACUGUAAAAAUCUUGCUAAACUAGAACUUUUUGCUGCACUCCCCUUUUAGGGGAAUGAGGCAGAAGGAAGACCAUAAGCUUGUAAUAUCAGGGAUUUAUUUAAAACAGAAAACUCCAGUUCACUUCAUUUUUUCUGCCUCUGAGAAAACUGCACAGAAAUUAUAUGUAUUCUGAGAGCUACCCCAAGAUGCACCCCAUGAUCCUGACUCAUCAAAGUAAAACUGAUUUAUGAUUGGCAUUUUGUACUUACUGAGCCAGGAAAGUGAAGUGGUUAAGUGUAGAAAGAUUUUUCUGAACUACUUGUUAAAACAAGAGGAAUUCUCUUGUAAAUAGCCAAUUAACCAAGAAGUUGGAGCAUUCUAGUUAAUUGUGAUCUUGCUGUAUAUUGAUACUUAAUAGCUCUCUUACCAGUUUGGUUCAGUUUGGUUCUUCUUAUCAUUGAAUUAUUGAAUUAUAGUGUUUGGUGUUUUGGAUCAUUCAGCAAGGACACUUGAAAACUCACCAGCUGUUUCAUUUGUUUUUUGUUUUUGUUUUUCUCUUUUUUGGAUAAUGGGAUGUUUACAUCUUAAUGUAAAAAAUGAGACAGGUAUAAAUAAUAUUUUAUGUAUAGAAAUGCUUUCUUUUCAUUAUUUGGUAUCUGCAUUGCUGAGUGUUUCUAUAACUGCUCUAUCUUGUUGCCAAAGAAAUUAUGAAUUUGGACUGAAAAUUUUUUGCCAUUGGUAUAAAGUUUUUAAGCUCAUUAGGCUUCUAAUGUGAUAAUAAUACUGCACUUUUACUACUAAGAGCAGUUCUGCAUUUACCUCAUCAUAAUGAGUGUUUUCCUGGAAGUGGAGAAUUAGUUGUCCUCUUGUUAUGAAGGAGGAAACUGAGGUAAUCAGAUGUUAAUGACUUAUCUAGGGUCACAGCUCUGAGCACAUACAACUUCUAAUCCCUUAGUCUUGGGGCCCUGCCUCCCCCAGAGUGGGGACUCACGGAGAUAACUAAGGUUGUACUCAGGGAAUAGAUCUGUUCUUGGUAAAAUCAGGGAAUUGGGGACUUAAUGACCUGAAGCCUGCUAGUGUCAACUCUAGGUGUCUAUUAAGGUAACUCUGAAAUACUGCUUUUUCUUAUUAAGGUAUUCUAAAAGUAAUUACAAUUUUUGCUUGCAUUUUUGGUCUGUAUUUGAAAUGUAUGUAUACCUACCCUGUUUCCCAAAAACAGUUGAAGCACCAUACCAAAAUAAGACAAAUACAACAACAGUAACUAUGAACAGAAAGGGAGAAACACAACAUCAGUGAAAAUGAAAGGUGAACAUGUUGCUGUUAAUAAGUGUGAAAUAUGACAUUUAAACUUCCUGGAAAUCGUGGCUAGAAGGGAAACAAGUUUCUCAUUGCUCUAGCUCUGUCUGUAAGAGUAUACCAGUUCCUCAGGGAGGAUUUCUUCUUGAGGGAUUCUGGUAGAAAGGUUCACGCUUGGGGGUUCUUUAAAAUGCUAAAAUGAACAAAAUCCUCAAUGGUUUUAGCUGCUUGCAUAUUAAUAAUUGUGCCUUGAUCCUCAACUUGUACUGUCUUUCAGAGGCUUUCAUUUAAGGAAUUUUAGUGUAAUUGAUAGAGGAUUUUGUUCGCAUAAGGAAGAGUUCUUCUAAGCUAAAAAUAGGUAUGUGUUAAAGCUUGAAAAUCCAUCUGAGACAAAUGCCUAGAGACAUGGAGAACCUUUACCUAAUUUUGUCAUUUUAUAAUUCAUAUAAAGUUAAUGUGCUCUCCCUGGAUUAGCACAUUUGUUUUGUAUUAAAUGUGGCCUUUUUCACAGUAGAAUUUAUUCUGGAGAAAUGGCUGGCUCCAUUUCUUUUAGGCCAUGUCUGGAUUAGACCUGAUGUGUCGAGACUUCACAGACCAGAUUUGUCAUACGAGCUUUAACCUCCAUGUCACAGAAGUGCUUCCUGCUGAGUUUAGCCACUCACCAAAAUGGGAGUUGCUUGGCUUUAUUCCCAAAGUUUUACUAAGUAACCUAGGGCCCCCACUCCCAGCUGUUGGAGCAAAAUGUGUGUGUGUGUAUGUGUGUAUGCGCACGUGGUGUUAUUUUAACAAACUUUUAGUUUAUUUUAAGUUAGAGCUGUCAUGAACUAUAUAGUAGAACAACAAAUAAAUUGCACUUGACCUUAAAUAAAGCAGGGGUUAGGGGCACCAACCCCUCCCUAGUGCAGUCAAAAAUCCACGUAUAACUACUUAACUACUAAUAGCCUACAGCUGACCAGAGCCUUGCUGAUAACAUAAGCAGUCAAUUAAUAAAUAUUUUGUGUAUGUAUUAUAAACUGUGCUCUUACAGUGAAAAUCUUAAGAUCAUAAAGAAGAGAAAAUACAUUUAUAGUACUGUAGUUAUAAAAAAGUCCACAUGUCAGAGUGCCUGGGUGGCUCAGUCAGUUGAGCGUCCAACUCUUGAUCUCAACUCAGACCUUGAUCUCAGGGUUGUGAGUUCAAGCUCUGCAUUGGGCUCAGUAUUGAGCAUGAAUCCUACUUAAAAAAAUGUUCACGUUAGUGGCCCCACACAGCUCAAAAUUGUAUUGUUCAAGGAUCAACUGUAUUUCAAAAGCAGGCACCACUCAGAUCAAUUGAAUACUUUAGCCUUACCACAAAUUAUAGGUAAUUCUUCAGGGCUUCCAUCUUUGUCUAUGGUCAAUCCUUCUUUGUAUUUUUCUGCUUUAUCAUCUCAAAGGAAAUGCUGUAGUAAAACUAAACCUAAUUUUUCAUUUUGAUUGGCUUUAAUAAUAUGCUACUUAAAAGUUAAUAAAAGAAACCCCUUCAACUCCAAGAGUUAUGAAUCAGCUUGAUAUGUAAAGGUUGUGUUGGUUGAGAAUUUUAACUCUUCUAGUCUUAUUGGUUAGGGUUAGAAAUG